GGGCUGGGCAUCUCUCCCGCCCUCUCCAGAGUCGACUGAAGUUUCCGAGGAGCCUUCUCUAGCUGGGCUGGACACACCUUUCAAAAGACCCCAAAGCGUGCUCCUUGCACCUUAAAUGCUCCUUUCCCUUGAAUCUUCCUCCUGCCCCUCUCCCUGACUUCCCUCCUCCCAUCUACAAGAUUCAGCCUCUCCCCAAGGGGCUUGAGCAUCCUCGAGGUUUCCCACCCUUGACCGCUCCAUCCCCGGAUGGAGCCAGAGAAAUGUGGUGGGGGGGCCGGGGCCAGAGUUUCAACGUCACCCCCCAGAAGGAGGAGCCAGAGAUGGGGGGGAGCAGAUCCUAGCAUGGGCCCCAGGGGUGAGGAAAGGGUUGGAACCUGAACUGCCUGGAACCCUGAUCUGCAGCAACCUGAGGGUCACCUUCCAGCCCUGUGGAUGGCAGCGGAGUGAGUGAAUGGCCUGUCCCGAGUCCAGCUCCUCCGUCCAGGGUCCCUGCUUAAAUUUAUCCCUGAGGAGAUUCUGAUUCAUGGCCAAGACUUCCGGCUACUCAGAGUUGGUUUUGAGGCUGGAGGACUAGAGCCACAGGCCUUUCAGGUAAGCGGCCUCCAGCCCAAGGACCCCUCUUCCCCUUAGAACCUUGGCAUCCUUUCCCUGGAAAUUCCCAAUAGUCCCCUGUCUCCCAAGAUCCCUCUCAUCAUUCUCUCUGCUUCUCUUCUCAAGGAGUGACUAAAAUGAUAGUAUAAUGAGAGUAAAGGCCUGAAUUCUAGCCCAGCUCUGCCAAUUAUCAGGAGUGUAACUGCGGACAAGUUUCUUCCUUUGAAAAACAGGGAGGGUUGCAUAAGAUUAUCCCCAAGAUUCCUCCCAGAAUUACCAUUCUGUCAUUCUCUGGUCCUAAAUGUGUUCCCCUGACUCCAGUCCCCAUGACCUGUGGAAGCUCCCUUCGUUAGGGAUUGUCUUCGCUUUUCUUCUCUAUUGGCAGCAAAGACAGUGGAGCAACACAUGAGCCCUAUUUCCUUCUUUUCACUUCAGUCUGAGACAAAGGAUGGGAUGUCCUUUCUUCUACAGGUGACCAUGGCCAUUGUCCAAGCCAGAGCUCAGAACAGUCAAGCCCAACAGUAUGCAGGGAUAACCCUGAGCAAGGCUGGCCAGAGUUCUGGUUCCAGAAAACCACCUAUUCCCCUCUUGGAGACAUCAGAAGACUGGGAGAUUGAGCGAAAAAAGCAGGGGGCCAGGGGCUGGAGGGUCAGCACUGUCAACGAGAGGUUCGACGUAGCCACCAGCCUCCCCCGUUACUUCUGGGUCCCUAACCGAACUCUGGACAGUGAGGUCAGGAGAGCAUUUGGCCACUUCCAUCAGAGCCGUGGACCGGUCAGUGUGAGGCGCCUGUCCUGGCAUCACCCUGGGGGUAGUGAUCUUCUCCGCUGUGGUGGCUUCUAUACAGCCAGUGACCCCAACAAGGAUGAUAUCAGAGUAGUGGAGUCGAUGCUCCAGGCUGGGCAUUCAGACGUUGUCCUGGUAGACACUAUGGAUGAGCUCCCCAGUCUUGCAGACGUCCAACUUGCCCACCUGAGGCUGAGGGCCCUCUGCCUGCCUGAUUCAUCUGUGGCUGAGGAUAAAUGGCUCUCAGCUCUGGAUGGAACACGAUGGUUGGACUACGUCAGGUCUUGUCUUCGAAAGGCUAGUGACAUCUCAGUCUUAGUGACAUCCAGGGUUCGCUCUGUAGUACUUCAAGAGCGCGGUGAUCGUGAUUUCAAUGGCCUCCUCUCUUCACUCGUCCAGCUGCUUUCAGCCCCUGAAGCCCGGACACUGCUUGGCUUCCAAUCACUAGUGCAGCGAGAGUGGGUGGCAGCUGGACAUCCUUUCCUGACCCGACUUGGGGGAACUGGGGCCAGUGAAGAGGCCCCAGUGUUUCUCCUCUUCCUUGAUUGCGUCUGGCAGCUCCUCCAGCAGUCUCCAGCUGAGUUUGAAUUUUCUGAGUUCUUCCUUCUUGCUCUUCAUGACAGCGUCAGGGUUCCUGACACCCUUACAUUCUUGAGAGACACUCCCUGGGAGCGUGGAAAGCAGAGUGGACAGUUCAACACCUAUACACAAGUCUAUACUGCAGGGUACUCCCAGCCCCCAGCUGGGAACUCUGUUAACCCACAGCUAUCUGUCUGGGACUGGGACUUACGCUACAGCAAGGAACAGAUACUACAGUUCCAUAAUCUUGGCUAUGACCCAGAACACUGCCCAGAUUCAUGGCUCCCUAGACAGCAGCCAAGCUUCAUGGUUCCUGGGCCCCCCAGUUCCGUGUGGCUCUUCUCUAGAGGGGCCCUGACCCCCUUGAAUCAGCUCUGUCCUUGGCGGGACAGUCCCUCCCUGCUGGCAGUCUCUUCUCGUUGGCUCCCUCGACCUGCUAUCUCCUCUGAAAGCCUGGCUGAUCAGGAGUGGGGGCUCCCCUCACAUUGGGGAGCUUGCCCUUUACCCCCAGGGCUGCUGCUGCCUGGAUAUCUGGGACCCCAAAUCAGGCUCUGGAGACGCUGCUACCUGAGGGGAAGGCCUGAGGUCCAGAUGGGACUCUCAGCUCCCACGAUCUCUGGCCUUCAGGCUGAGCUAGCCCAUCUUCAGGAGUUAUUAAGGAAAUGGACACCAAGAAUAUCUCCUGAGGAUCACUCCAAGAAAAGAAAUCCAAAUACCAUUAUGUCCCAGUCCCGUUGAAAUUGCUGGCUUUCUCAUGGGCAGGGCAGCGGGUGGUCUGGGGUGAGGGAGAGUUUUGUCUAAUCCUUCAAUUUUCUUACCUGGUCUUGCUGCCUCAGCUUUCAUACGCCAGCCCUUAAACAAGCUCACUGACUUGAGUUUCCAUUGCAGAUGGGUGGUGCUGACCUUAUCCAACUCUUACUCUGCCCUGUUUGGUUUAAAUAGUUUCUUGUGAUUUGAAGAAUUAAGAAACGAAAACAAACAAAAACAAUCCAGAAUAUGAUCGCAUCCUUUUUUCAGGGCAAUGCCAUCCCUUUUGGAUGGAAAUUUUGGAUACUGAGCUGGUAAAUUGUGAGAUCAGAGAUACCAUUUAUCAGUGUCAACAAGAUGGCCUACAGACCUCCUUCUCACCUCCUCUUGCUGUUCCUGUAAUUCCGAUUUCUACUUCUUCCUUUACAGUUUUCCAUGGGUAUGGGAGACACCCUGUCUCUUCCAAUUGUAUAUUUUUGUCGUGACAUUUCUAUUUAAGGAGUUCAUUAAAGCACAAUAUUU